AUUUAUCAUUAUUUAUUCAUCAAUAAUAAAUAAAGGGCUAAAAGACUCAAGAGAAGAAGGAAGCCUUUGGACCAGUCCCUCUUCUUCAGCUCACUCACUCUAGUCUCCUCUUCUUUCUCUCUCUAUAUCUCUCUCUAACUCUGAAAUAGAGGAAGCAGUGUUAUCAGAGCAAGUUUAAUGUCCACCCACCCUCUUCUGAAAUCUGAACUAACCCACUUCAUACUCUCUCUCUUCUCUCUUCUCUCUUUCUCUCUCUAAACUACACUCAUUUCUUUCCUCUCAUUAUAGUAGGUGUGAACAGUAUCUAGUUUGUUCAUCUUUCAAACACAACAACAACAACCAAAAGUAAUAACUUAAAACCAACAGAAAUUAAUACAAGACAUUUUUCAUUUAAUUUCAUAUCUCUUCUUCUCAAAUUCUGUUAUUUCAGAUCUGUUUACUAAAUUAAAUCUUCUUUUGGGUUAUCCUACAAAUUCAAUAUGAGCAAAGAAGAAUUCUUGAAGAUUCAGACUUGUGUUCUUAAAGUGAAUAUACAUUGUGAUGGAUGUAAGCAGAAAGUGAAGAAAAUCUUGCAAAAAAUUGAAGGGGUGUAUAAGUUAAGCAUAGAUGCAGAGCAAGGAAAAGUAACAGUUUCAGGAAACGUAGACCCAUCUGCUUUGAUUAAGAAACUGAAUAAAGCGGGUAAACAUGCAGAACUUUGGGGUGCCCAAAAACCAAACAACCACCAAAACAACCCACAGUUGAAAAACAAUGAUAAUGGGAAACAAAAUCAGAAUCAAAAUCAAAAUCAAAAUCAAAAUCAAAACCCCGGGAAAAACCAAAGUCAGAAAGGUGGAGGUGGUGGAGGUGGGGGUGCGCAGCAAAAUCAGCCGAAAGGCGGAGGAGGUGGAGGUGGUGGAGGAGGAGCCAUACAACCGACACCGCAACAGCUGCAGCAUUUGCAGCAAUUGCAGCAGCAGAUGAAAGGGAUGCAGAUGGGAGAUCUGAAAAUGGGGCAGCAAUUUCAGGGGAUGAAGAUGCCUUUUAAAGAUAAUCAACCACAGCAAGUGGGUCAGGGUGGUGGAGGGAAAGCAGUGAAGUUCAAUGUGCCACCACAUGAUGAUGAAUUGGAUGAUGAUUUUGAUGAUGAUGAUUAUGAUGAUGAUGAUGAGUUUGAUGAUGAUGACUAUGAUGAUGAUGAUGAGUUUGAAGAUGUUGGUAAGAUGAAGCCGCCACCUCUGAAUUUGGGUGGGGGUGGGGGUGCGCCGAAUAUGAUGAUGAAUGGUGGAGGUGGUGGACCUGGUGGUGCAAUGAUGACACCUCAGCUGAUGAAUGCGAUAGCUCAGGCGAAGGCUAGUGGUGGGGGUAUGAAUCCUCAGUUGAUGAAUGCUAUUGCUCAAGCCAAGGCUGCUAAUGCUGGGGGUAAUAAUGGUGGUGGUGGUAAUAACAACGGUAAAAAAGGCGGGUGGGGGUGGGGGUGGGGAGGAGGUGCCGGAGGAAAUAUUCCAGUUCAGGUGAAUGGAGGUAAAAAGGGAGGAGGAAAUGGAGGAGGAAAUAAUAAUCCAAAUCAAGGGGGUGGAGGUGGAGGUGGUGGUGGAGGGGGUAAAAAUGGUGGUGGUAAACAAGGUGGUGGGCCCGUGCCAGGUGAUAGUAAAAAUGGUGGAAAUAAUGGCAAAAAUGGUAAUAAUGGGCAACAUCAUGGUGCUGGUGGCGGUGGUGCUGGUGGCGGAGGAGGAGGAGGUGGUGGUGGUGGUGGUGGUGGUGGGAACAUGAUGAUGAUGAAUGGUGGGGGAAAGAAAGGUGGGAUGAAUAAUGGAGGAUUACCACCUAAUCAUCAUCCUGCCAUGGGAGGUAAUGCAAUGAAUAACAAUCCAAAUGGAGGAGGGUUCAAUCAUGGUAUGGGGGGCAUGCCUGCUCAUCAUGUGGGUGGUGCCCCCAACAUGGGUCAAAUGCCACCCAUGGCCCAAAUGGCCAACAUGCAAAUGGGCCCUAUGGGUUCGAUCCCGGCCGUUCAAGGUCUUCCAGCUGGCACUGCCACAUCUACGGCAGCACCCGAAUACUUCCAUGGGGGCCCACCGCCGGAAAUGAUGGGCCCCAAUCCUAAUAACCCAUACCAUCAACAGAUGAUGGCCCAAAUGAUGAUGAACCAACAACGGGCCAACGGGAAUGAGCGGUUUCAGCCUAUGAUGUACAGUCGACCACCAGCGCCGAUGCAUUAUAUGCCUCCUUAUCCUCCACCGGCGGACCCUUAUACCCACUAUUUCAGUGAUGAAAACACCUCUUCAAGUUGCAAUGUAAUGUGAUAUACUAUUUGGCUAACAUUUGAGGUGUUUUGUUUGGUCAUGAUCUCGGUGAACAAGGGUAGUUCUUCUCAAAGGCAUCAAAGAUAUCACUAUAAAUGAUGCUAAAAAACAAAAACGAAAAAAGCGACCGUUGUUUUAGCUAAAUUUUCCUUAAUUUAAACUUGUUAAUUUUACUCUGUUAUUUAGUCCUAAGUUUUAUUUUCAGGAUUUCAAUUAUCAUAGAGACGGGUACGUUAUAUAUUAUAGAUAUAAUUUAUAUAAAAGCAAACAAGUUUGUAGUGGAGGAUAUGAUAAUGUAAACUUGUAGGAGAGGUAUGAGAAGGGACAAGUCACUCGUUCACCGAGAUGUUUAUAUGUGUUUAUAAUGUUUCAAGAAAAAAAAACAUAUUAAUAAAAAAAAAAAGAGAAUGGGAGUAAAUAAAUUCCCUUCUCUUCCCCUCUUUUUCUCUUCCA